AUCAGCUAUCACAUCUCAUAGUUAUCCAUAUUUGUUUAAAACUAUUUUGACGUUUUAAUCUUAUGUAAAAGUUUUUGAUGUAACCUUCAUUGUUCGGUAUUCAUUUAAGUCCCAUCGACGGCUUGUUCCGAAUAACAUUUAUAGAAACUAAAGCAAACAAGUUUGGACUUUUCGGAGGAAGUAUGACUGGAAUGACGGUAUUUCUAAUAUAUGUCAUGUUGCUUGGUGAAGCAGUAGGCAGCAACAUUGAUACCGAAAGACAGGAAUAUUGUCGACAAUUUACUUCUGAUAAUGAGCUGCAGAAUCUUAUAGCAUCCGGUCGCAGAGGAGCAGAGCCAUGCCCUUGUAUUGAGCAGAAAAUUAUUCUCGAUAAUACAUGUGAGAAAAUUGGAAAUUGUUACAAACAGUGGUUCUUUCGAGAAGGUGCAAAAGAAAUGUGUUGCUAUAGUGAAAAUGGUAGCCUGAUAACUGGAGGUUCUUCAGCUGGAUAUCUUCUUCUUGAGACAAAAGAAGAAGCAAUUGGAAAAGCUCAUCAAGUCUGCUGUGGCAAUGAUUCAACAAUAUAUGAACAUUCAUGCAAAUUAUUUUAUGACAUCAAUCCACCUGACAAUUGCAGUACAUAUCUUCCACCGUCAGAAGUGAUAUCUUCGGGUGAUCCUAUGAUCGAAACAAUAGAUGGAAAUAGCUAUGAUUUCAAUGGUCACGGCGAAUACGUGUUUCUCACUGAUAACACUACAUUUGAAAUACAAGCUAGGACGAGGUACGUCAUGAAAGGAAAUAAGGAUGCGACGAUGUUUACAGCUUUUGCAUUGUCUGAUAAACAGAAUGGUGAACAAAUAGAACUUCAUUAUGAUAGAGAUGCAAAUGACAUACGCUUCUACCGAAACGGCACGUAUAAUGAGAUUUGUAACGCAUCAUCUCUAAAAGGACAUGGGAGGCCAUAUCCUUGUGAAAUGCCUAAACGAUAUAGCUUUUUCGUUAUAGCAGGCGGUGGACUAAUUAUAGUACAGCAUCGUGGUUUAAGUGACUACGUAAGACAGGUUGUUUUCAGAACUGAUAAUUUUAUGAGUAUACAGAUCACCCCUCGAACAACACAAUUCAGUAUAAAAAACGUAACAGGGCUUGCAGGACACCAAGAAGACGGUUUCUAUAUAAUGAGAAAUAAGUCACGAGUAGCUGUCAAUGCAUCUGCCUCCCUAUUGUUUGAUUUUGCGGAAUCUUGGGCUCUACAAAACGAUUCAGAAAGUAUUUUCAAAUAUGAGCAUACAGGUGGAAACUUUACAUCGUAUAACAAAUACCAUACACGUCCAAAAUUUCUUGAAGAUUUGGUGGGAAAUCUAACGGCAUUAUUCAAGGCAUAUACUAUAGAAAAUAUCACACUUUUCAACAACACAUGCAGGAAUUACUGGAACAAUGAACCUAAUGAGCAGUGUUUGCUCACAAUAGCAAGGACAGGGGAUUACAGUUUUGGAGUAGUAGUAAUGAAAGGAGCAAAUGCAACACGACACAAGUGGGAGAUACUGCACAACAUAGCUCCAGAAUUUUCGGACAGAUUCCCACACAAUAUAACUGUACAGUAUGAAAAAGGUUCCAUCUGGUCGAUAAAUCUGACGGACUUCGUCACUGAUGACCAUACUAAACAGCAAGACCUUACAUUUGAAGUUCAGACGAAACUGCCGACAUCAGAGUACAUUAUUGAGAAUGGUAUAUUUACAUGGACAGUUGGCACUGGCUUAAGGUAUAUAGACACAUAUAUCUCAUUCGCCGUUAUAGACAGUUUGAAUGCCACAUCACAAAUUGGAAUAACUGUCAAUUACUGUGGAUGUGAGGAACCGGAACAGUGCUCCUCUUUUACGUCUAAUUCAAAUUCCACCGAUAAUGUAAGAAAAGCAUCGUGUAAUUGUCCAGAAUAUGCCACAGGAUUGUACUGCGAGAAAAUAAAAGAUACAUGUCCAAAUAUUACGUGCUACCAAAAUGAUUUGUGCAAUUCGACGGCGAACCGAUUAUCAGAUAGCUGGCCAUGUGCUCCAUGUCCGAAUGGAAGAGAUCAAGUAAUGACUCCAAAACAACAAACUUGUGAAGAUAUUGACGAGUGUGCUCCAGAUUACAAUGGUCUAGAUAAAUGUCAGCAACUGUGUAAUAAUUCUGUUGGAUCGUUUAACUGUGGCUGUAGAAGUGGAUACAGAUUAAAUGCUGAUAAUCAUACAUGUAUUGAUAUAGACGAAUGCAAGAUACCUCAAUCAAAAUGCACAGGAGAGAAUGAGGUGUGCCUGAAUACCGAAGGAAAUUUUAGUUGCAUUUGUAAGCCAGGAUAUAGCAAGAAAAAUGGUGCAUGCGAACAAAAAGGGGGUUACACAUAUGUUGGACAUAUGUCUUUUACUAUCUCGGUAAACGCUGAACAUGUUUUUGGAAUAAACAAGACUAUUGAUACUUAUCAAAACAGAAAAGACAUCCAAGACAAGAUUGCAGCAGGAUUUAAUAACACGAAGGGGUUUUUGGGUGUGGAAGUUUUCCGAUUGACUUUGUUAAUUCACCAGGGAAAUCAAACAAGACCUCAGGCUGGUCGGUAUGAUGUUCGUGCAGAUUACGUUGUUCACUGGAAAAAUGGAAUUGACAUUAAAGAUAUAG